AGAAGCGUUACGCCAGCUGAUGGACGAGUGAGGAAACCACCAAGGCCUUGCAAGAAUUUGUUUUGCGAGAAGUCUCAAAAAUCGUAAUGGAUGACAAUAAUGCCUCAUCCUUUUUUGAGUAUUCGACUGAGUUACCAGAACCUAAAUCCUCUUCGAACUCGGGAUGGGCUGCGGGUGAGAUCGAGAACAGCAUAGUGGUCCGCACUGCGUAUGCCUUGAUCUGCAUAGCGGGGAUUAUAGGCAACGUCCUGGUGUGCAUCGUACUGACGCGUGUACGAGCUCUCCGCACCAACACCAGUCAACUCCUGGUGCACCUCUCCGUGGUGGAUAUCCUAGUGUGCAUCAUGGCCCUCCCAGUGAACGUUUUCCCCACCCCUCCGCCCAUGCGAGGCCCCUUCGGCGAUUUCCUUUGCCGGUUCUAUGUGAGUAAAUUCAUGCAAUGGGCUUGCAUGCUUGCUUCCAUUGGCAGUCUAGUCGUAGUCAACUUGGAAAGAUUCAUAGCUAUAGUCUACCCGCUGAAAUACAAGACUUUCUUCACAGUUCGGAAGACCAGCGUCAUGAUUCUUUUGGUCUGGGUUGAAGCCCUGGGCUCGCUGUUAUACUUCUUCUUUGUGUACGAACUGGACGGGGAUGACAACUGUAAAUAUAACGGCUGGCCCAGUGACGAGGUUCGGAUUGUGAUGGGGGUGUAUCCGUACCUCAUGCACUAUGCUGGACCGCUCAUUCUAAUGUUUGCUGUACAGUGGAAGAUGAUUACUGCUCUGAAGAAACAAGUGAAUAUGAUCACUCAACAACAGGCAGAUGUGAAGUGGAGUCGACGUAAGCUGUGGCAAGCCCAGGCUUCCGUAGAGCUCCAGCGAACCCUCCUCUUCGUGGUCAUCACCUACGCCAUCUGCUGGGGUCCAAACCAGACCAUGUUCUUUUGCUUCAUGAUGGGCAUUGCUGUUGACUUCACUCAUCCUUACUACCACAUCGGUGUCAUCAUGGUCGUCAUGAACUCAUGCUUGAAUCCUCUGAUCUACACAGUCAGGAAUAGACCGUUCCGGAGAGCCCUCAAGGAGCUGGCUCUUUGUCGUCGAGGUGGAAACAACAAGGUGGUUCCUGAAAUGCCAUCCGAGGGAUCCGGCAGUUUGACCCUUGCGAAUGAUUCACAGAAUACAAACCCGAAACGCGUAUUGUAGCUUGUCAUCAACCAAUGAGCAAGGCUAGUGGCGGGAAUGUAGUGCAUUCUGCCUUUUACCAACCAGUCUCGCGUGGACGAUACCCGCAAGUAGCUGUCAGUGUGCUUCUGGUGACAUAAACCUAGCUUGGUAAAAGGUUGGAAAGGUAGUGCUUUCUGAUCUACCAGCCAGGCUCCUAGUGGAUGAUACCCUUACGGACUGUGAAGGGGUAUCCCUGUUUCCGCCCCACAAUUAGGCUGGCAGUGUGCCCCUGGUGACAUAAACCUAGCUUCGUAAAAGAAAGUGGGAGGGUGUAGUCCAUUCUGAUCUACCAACCAGGCUCCUAGUGGAUGAUACCCAUGCCUACAUCAUUACGGACUGUGAAGGGGGUAUCCAUGUUUCCGCCCACAAGUAGCUGGCAGUGUACCCCCCUGGUGACAUAAACCUAGCUUCGUAAAGAAGUUUGGAAGGUAGUGCAUUCUGAUCUACCAACCAGGGGAUCAUAGUGGAUGAUACCCAUGCCUACAUAUCAUCCUUACGGACUGUGAAGAGGGUAACCCUGUUUAACAUCCAGGAGUAGGUAGCUGUGUUCCUCUUGGGUAUCUGAAGGCAGUUGAUUUGGGUCGACAGCUCAAAUGUUACGUGUAGCCCUCAUCUUGAUGUGGCCGGACGCAUCCGGCCUUGUGAUUUAGCGAUAUAAAACAAAUAAAACAAUCAAACAAACUGAUGUAACACAAUUCUCGUCAAUGUGUCCCCAUUUCGGUAACCUUAUUGAGACCAAGGGGGAGAAGUGAAAAUAAAUGGACCCCCUAGGGGAAUACUAAAGACCGGGGUGCUCCACAAAGAAUGUUGUGUACAAAGUUGAUAAUGGAAAGAACAAAAAAUGUCUCCAUAGGGAUUCAUAUUUGAGAAUGGCUGUUUACACUUCGUCUACGUGUGACUAAUCGAGUCUAAUUCGGUCUGCUGGAGAAGAUUCGUCAAACUUCUUAUCACUUGACUAAACUGACUUGCAAAGAAGGACAUUAUACCACCUGAUUGCACAAUAUGUGCGCCGUGCAAUGUGAUUAAACCAUAGAGCCAUAUAUAUAUAUAGCUCUAUGGAUUAAACCUACUGCCGGUGGCUUGCCGCACAAUGAAACGUUAAUAUCAUCAUCCUGCCAAACUGAUUACAACCUCGCGGCAGACUGCUGAAUUUUUAUAUAACAUUAUAUUUUGAUCUCAUAUUUAAUAAUAAUAGUGUUAAGUCAGUGUGGUUGCGCUGAGUGAAUUUUGUUUGUAUAUAUACCGACCAAAAGAAAUCACUCCCACUUUAAUGGCAUAUUCGCACUUUAACGGCAUAUUGGUGUUUAGAUUUACUUAAGUCGGAAACAUUAUACUCGGUCAUGUAACAGUCGUCGUGUCUGUUUUCAUCUAAAAUGAGAUACUUUUUUAGAAAACUGUUUUAAGAAUGUUUUAAUAUUUAGAUUGACUGCACUUUAUACAAUAUGAAGAACGUACAGCACACCCUUGUAGUUGGAUACCUAUAUGUUGCCCGAGAUCUAAAUGUGGCCCAACCGUAUAGCUAUUAUUAGCUCACACCUAAAAGUAGGUCAUACGCUGUUGCUCAAUCUACCCCAAACGUAACUAUAUAGCUGCAUAACAUACUAAUAGAGGUUUGCAGUAACACCAUGUGAAACUCUACUUGAGUCGUGUUGGUUCUGAAAUUAGUC